CCGGCGCUGCAUUCGUCGGAGGAGCGUGGAGAGGAAGCCGGGGAGCCGCCGGGCGCGCGCCGCGUCUUCGCCAGGCUUCUGCCCGCGGGUCCCCGAGGUCGGAUCGAGGCGUAGCACCGGAGCCCGGGAGCCAUGGGCGCGGGGAGCUCCGCCGAGCAGCGCAGCCCCGAGCCGCCGCAGGCCGGGGGCACCCCGCCGGCCGAGCUCGAGCCCUGCGCCCCGGCGCCGGUGGAGGCGCCCGCCGCGGCCGCGGACCCCGCCGUCGCCACCGCCGCAGACCCGGCCGCCAAGCUUCUUCAGAAGAAUGGCCAGCUGCCCACUGCCAAUGGCUUAGCUGACCAAGGAGACCCCAGCCCCCAAGAAGGAGUGUCAAGUGACCAGGAAGAGGACCAGGUCGUCAUCACAGAAGUUGGACAGAGAGAUUCUGAAGAUGUGAGAGAAAAAGACUCAGAAAAAGAAAUGGCUACCAACUCUGAAGUUACAGACAUCUCAAAGGAUGGGCAGGAGGAAAUACCUGAACUCGUCGAAGAGAUUCCUUCCUCGGCUAGCAAUUUAGAUGAGAUAGCACACUCCACCGAGUCCCAGACUAACGACGUUGGAUUUAAGAAGGUUUUUAAGUUUGUUGGCUUUAAAUUCACUGUGAAAAAGGAUAAGACUGAGAAAUCUGAUGCUGUCCAGCUAGUCACUGUUCCAAAAGAGGAAGGUGAAGGAGCAGAAGGGUCACACGGAGCUGGCGACCACCAGGAGGCCAGCGUGGAGACGGACGGGUCAUCAUCCAAAGAAAGCGAACUAAAGCAAUCCACCGAGAAGCUGAAGGACCCCUCGAAACACGAGCAGAGCAACACGGAAAUUUCCCCACCUGCUGAGUCUGAUCAAGCAACAGAGGAAGGCCGUAAAGAAGAAGAAGAAAGACAAGAAAAAGAACCUCCCAAGUCUCCAGAAUCUCCCACCAGCCCCACCAACACUGAGACAGCAUCGCCUUUCAAAAAAUUCUUCACUCAAGGCUGGGCUGGCUGGCGUAAAAAGGCAAGUUUCAGGAAGCCAAAGGAAGACGAGCUAGAAGCUUCUGAGAAGAAAAAGGAAGAGGAACCAGGAAAGACAGAUGGAGAGGAAGCUGAAAAUACAGAAGGGAUCCACGAGCAGCAGCCCAUAGCUUCGGAACAAGCCCCACCGCAGGAGCCCUCGGAAGGUACGGGCCAGGCCAGAUUAUCCGCCGAAUACGAGAAGAUAGAGCUCCCCUCGGAACAUCAGGGAGCGCCUGAAGACAAACACGCCCCACUGGCAACAGAAGUGUUUGACGAGAAUGUCGAAGGCCAGCAAGAAGUUGUUGCAGAAAUCCAUGCGAGCGUCACAGAGAAGAAAACCGACGAGCAAGAAGCAGAGGUGGAAGAAACAGUCAAACCCUCGUCCCCUGAGAAACAGGUGGAAGCAGACGCCAAAGCCCAAGCCGGGGAAGCUGAAGCUACUACGGUGGAUGUCUCGGAAGGAGAUCACCCGGGCACUGCCGAUCUAGCUCCUGAUGAGAAAGUACUGUCUAAAUACCCAGAAGGCGUCGCCAGUGAGGCCGACCUCCUGUCUUCUCAAGAGAGGACCAAGGUCCAGGGCAGUCCCCUCAAGAAACUGUUCUCCAGCUCGGGCUUAAAGAAGCUGUCCGGGAAGAAACAGAAGGGGAAACGAGGAGCAGAUGAGGAGUUAGGGGAGCAGCAUCCAGGGCCAGCCGAGUCCCCGGAGAGUGCGGAUGAGCAGAAAGGAGACAGCUCGGCCUCCUCCCCCGACGAGCCCGACGAGCCCACAGGGCUGGAGAAAGCCAUGGCCGAGGAGCCCCAGGAAGGGGAGGCUGAAGAAGGAGCCACCUCUGAUGGAGAAAAGAAACGAGAGGGCGGCAUUACUCCCUGGGCAUCUUUCAAAAAGAUGGUGACGCCCAAGAAACGCGUCCGCAGGCCUUCCGAAAGUGACAAGGAGGAGGAGGUGGACAAGAUGAAGAGUGCCACCCUGUCGUCCACGGAGAGCGCCGCCUCGGAGACGCAGGAGGACGGCAGAGGGGGCGCCGAGGAGCCCAAGGCCGAGGAGCCCCGGCGCAAGGUGGACGCGUCGGUGUCCUGGGAGGCGUUGAUCUGUGUGGGGUCAUCCAAGAAGAGAGCCCGGAAAGCGUCGUCCUCCGACGAAGAGGGGGACCCCAAGACCACGGGGGGAGACAGUCACAGGGCCGAGGACCCUGCCGGCGACCGAGAACCGGCCCCCGAGCUGGGCCCGGCGCCCAGCCUGGAGCAGGAGCCAGGCCAAGGCAGUUCGUCCCCGGAGGCGGCCGGCAGCCCCUCGGAGGGGGAGGGCGUGUCCACCUGGGAGUCCUUCAAGCGCCUGGUCACCCCGAGGAAGAAGUCCAAGUGCAAACUGGAGGAGAAGGCGGAGGAGGCGGGCGUGGCGCUGGAAGCUUCCGCCUCCGACCUGGAGCCCGGGCGCGAGGAGUCCUGGGUUUCCAUUAAGAAGUUCAUCCCCGGCCGGCGGAAGAAAAGGUCGGAUGGGAAGCGGGAAGCAGGCGCGGCCGAGGCGGCGGGGCCGGCCGAGGCCCACGAGGAGGACGGCGACGUGCCGGCCGUGGUGCCGCUGGCGGAGUACGACGCGGUGGAGAGGGAGAAGCUGGAAGCGCAGCGCGCGCGGGGCGCGGAGCGGGGCCCCGGGCUGCAGACCACCCUGUACGUGUCGGAGGAGGUGAGCCAGAGCCUGGUCCACACCGUGACGGCCACCGUCACCGACGGCGCCCGGGCCGUCGUCAGCCUGGAGGAGCGCGCUCCGUCCUGGAUCUCCGCGUCCGUGCCGCACGCAGAGGCCCGAAGCCGGCCCCCGGCGGCCCCCGAGGUGGCGGAAGGAGGAGCCGUCGAGGCCCUGCCGGAGAGCAGCGGCCCCUGCGACGACGCCCUCCCCAGCGACGACGUGGAACUCACUUCGGAAGCCGUGACAGCCGCGGAGACCACCGAGGCUCCGGGGGCGGAGGAGACCGCGGACAUGGUGUCGGCCGUCUCGCAGCUCACCGGCUCCCCCCCCACCACCGAGGAGGCCACCCCGGUUCCGGAGCCGGAAGGCGCCGUGCCCGACGCGGGGGAGCAGGCGAGGCGCACGCGGGCCGUCCUCCAGGCCGUGGCCGAGAAAGUGAGGGAGGAGUCGGAGCCCGCGGACACCCGUGGGCCGCAGGAUGGGCUCCAGACCCCGGCGAUGGCGGUGGCGGGCGAAGAGGGGCUCCCGGAGGAGAGCGCGGCGGUGAUGGAGGAGGAGGAGGAGGCCCAGGACGCGCAGAGUGAGCCCCGUGCCCGCGGGCCGGGCCUGGCACCGGCCGCCGCCCUGGGGAGCUCUGGGGAGGUCCCCGAGGCCGAGGAGGUCGUAAGCCGGGGUGCAGCCGACGCCUUGGCAGGGGGAAAGCCGAUCCCCCCGGACGCAGCCGAAACCCCGACCGACAGCGAGACGGACGGAAGCACGCCCGUGGCCGAGGGAGAAGCCGUCGGUCCCGUCCAGCAGGACGAGGUCCUGGGGACCCCCGACGAGACUGCACCUGCACCGCGCCCCCGUGCCCAGUCACCACCCGGCACGGAAGUCGAGGCAACUCCUAUCCAGCCAGAGGCUCCGCCAGCACCUUCUAGUUGCAAAACCCUGGAAGGAAAUGAAGAACCAGGAGAGGCAGAGAAUGUUCCAGAACACACAGAAGGAGCGCUGUUGGUGGGGGCUGAACCCGUAGUGUCGAAGACCGAGGUGGUUCUCGAGGUGGACCAGAUUUCCGAUGGAGAAGCCCAAGAGGAUGGACUGUGUGCUGAAGGACACGAAGUGUCCACGCACACCGACAGGACGGAGAGCCGGGAACAAGUUGCUGAAGUUGUCCUUGAUGGAGAGGCGGCCGCAGAGGCGGGAUGUCAGAUCCACGAUGCGCUUGAACUCCAGACGCCAGGCCUGGAGGAGGGAGGGACUGGAGCUCAGACAGACGGGGAGAGCAGGUCAACGCAGCCCCUGCCGGUGACUGAAGAACUCAAGCCCCAAGCAGCACUGUCCCAAAAUGAAGAACCGAUUCCCACCGUGGACACCCCUGAGAUGAGCCAUCUUGAUGGAAGCCCAUCUCCUUGCCAGGCCCAGGAGGAAGCUGCAUGCAGAGAGGUUCAAGUCGAAGGCUGCGGAGCACCAGCAGCUCUGACCACCGGAGCCGGGGAGGAGGUCUUAGAAGAAACUAAGAUUUCAGAAGCAGGUGAAACUUUGGAGUCUACAGGUGCACCUUUAGUGCCAGCAGAGAAGGCCUUUGAAAGGGAUGAGGUCCGGGCUCCUCAGUUAGAAGGCGGUGAUGCUUCUGCAGAGCCUGAGGUGCAGGCAGAGUCCAUCCCUGUUCUACCAACCAGUCAUGAAAAAGACCUAGAGAGAGAGGGAAGCGGCCCCCAGGCAGGGCAGUCAGAUGGAAACGACCAGCAGGUUAGUUGGCAGGAAGACCAAGUCAGUAUGUCCCGUGAGGGAGAUUUUAAGGCCGAACUUGAGACUGAGAGCAGUAAGAUCAUCCAAAACAUAAUUCAGACAGCCGUUGACCAGUUCACCCAGAAGGAAGAGACAGCCGCAGACGUGUUUACUUCUGAUCCACAGACACAGGCUUCACCCAUGCAAUCCAACAACCAGGAAGCUGGAGAGAAACUUGGGGAAGAAGGUAGAGAGCAGGCCCCCAUCCAGGAUGAAACACAAACCCUUGCGGCCCACGAGGAGUCCCAGCUAACUAUGGUGGGACCAGCACUUUCCGAAGAUAUGAGUGAAAUGCCCCAAAAGAUCUUGAUGAUGGGAAUGGAAAGUUCUGGCAUGAGUGGCCAGCAGCUUGAUGAGGUGGUCCCUCCAUCAGAGGUGGAUGGAGAUGGAAGCAGAGCAAAGGCAGUGCCCGAUGAAGGUCUCCAUGAGUUACGAGAGAGAAUAGAAAAGCCGCCAUCAGAACCCAAAGAAAACAAGAAAGGAGAUGCUCACCUAGAAACCCAAAUCUCAGCCCCCGCAGAUGCCGAGGUCUUGGGGGGCUUAACCAAAGAGUCCUCCGAUACCAAUGGACCGAAAGUAGCAGAGGAGCCUGCCCAGGAAACGGGGUUCCAGGAAGGAAAGGGGCACUGUGAACCCGAUAAGGAGAUCAGCUCCCCAAAAGAAGAGGAGCUGCAAACACCCGAGAAAGAGCCAGCAAAAUCUGACCUUACAGAGCGCUAAGACAGUAGUGAAAUCCAUUGUACAUUUGCCAAGACCAGAAUGUGAAGACAAGUUGUGGAAAAAAAUGCUGCUGAGAUUCAAGAACUUUGAGAACCGGAGAGCAGGGCAUCCUCUAUCGCCCCUGACAAUCCUGAGGCUUCAUCGGGAGCUGAGAGCCGACUAAUACCAUUUCCUGUUUCCAAGACCAUCUCCUCUUUCCCCUUAAUAGCAUUUCAUAGUUCUGAUGUAAGGGCCUCAAUUCUUAGCCUGGAACAAUACCUAGCUCUACUUCUCAAACUGGAGUAUCGUGCUUUAUGUAUUUAUGCGUCUGUUUUAAGUCAUCCUCCUCCCAUAUCACCUAUUGUAUAUUUUUCCCUCCAUGUUUCACCUGUGUCCUAGAGUACAGGCCUUUUGUACCCCACCAUAUACAACAGGCGUGCAGCUCUGGGGAAGCCUUGGGGAAACUCCAGGCCUCAGUUACAGCCCACACAAACAGAGCUUCCAAGAAAUGACAUUCCCGAUGAGAAGGUACAAUUCUUACUUUUAAAAUUCACUAAUGCUUAGAUCCAUGCUUAGUAGGCCUCUGAAAUCGGUCGCUUUCUUCUAUGCAGUGAGCUGAAAAAAUAAAUAAAACACGUUCGGAAGCGUACAGAGUAAUUCUUUUAGUUACUGUGAAUCCCCCCCCAUUCUAGUCCAGUGAAGGUUGGAAAGUUUUGUUUUCAACAGCAAGAUAGAUCUCUUCUCUAGAUGGUGUACCGUGGCUUGAACAGAUGAGUGUGCUAUUUCUUGCCUUAGCAGAUGAGUGCAACAUUUCUCAUGUCAUGCGGGAAGAAUUGACUUUGUACCUUUUUGAUUCUACGCUUGUAGGCUAGACUGAAUUUACACACCGCAGAACGAGUCCUUUAUAGAUGAUAUUUUGGUGUCUUGUGUACUUGUGUCCUUGAAGAACAAUGUUGCACAUUAUGUUCAUUUGGGUAAACUGUGAUUUGACAACUGAUUUAAAUAAAAUAUUUCCUUCUCUUA